AUGGUCGUCUUCAAAGCGUCCAAAUUUAUCCUUAGUGGAACUUCUCCAGGGACAACAAAAAGCACAGCACAUCGUCUUCUUCUUAGUCACGGAUAUGUUCAUCAAGUAGGGAAUGGACUAUACAGUUUUCUACCGUUGGGACAACGAGUAAUCGAUAAACUGUUGCGACUCGUCGACUAUGAGUUAGAGUCGAUAGGAGCCAUGAAGGUCCACAUGCCAAUUCUUGGCCCUCGAGCUAUAUGGGAAAAAACUGCACGUUGGGAGAGCAUGGGUGCAGAAUUAUUCAAAAUUCAAGAUCGACAUAAACAAGAGAUGUGUUUGCAGCCUACCGCUGAAGAAAUGUGCACAGAAUUGAUAGCGCAACUUCCAUUACAAAAGAAACGAAUGUUCCCGCUUUUAAUAUAUCAAACAACGGAAAAAUUCAGAGAUGAAAUGAAUCCUAGGUUUGGUCUACUCCGAUCUCGACAAUUCCUCAUGAAAGAUCUCUACACUUUUGAUCUCAAUAAAGAUAGUGCAUCAGAAACUUACAAGAAUGUCUGUAGAGUAUACGAUCGAAUCCUGCGAGAUCAUUUACGAUUGGAAGUUUACAAGGUAGUAGCUCAGCCAGGUCUUCAUGGCGGAUCAAUAUCGCACGAGUACCACUUGCCGAAUCCAUUAGAAGAGGACGGAAUUCACUUCUGUUCGAAAUGUGGAUCGGGAAGUAAACGAGAGGAUGGUCCUCACAAAUGUGAAUGUGGUGACGCUUCUGAUGUUAGGACGUUUUCUACAGUUGAAGUAGCUCAUACUUUUCAAUUAGGAACAAAAUACUCUAGUGCCUUCAAUGCUCUCACUAAAGAAAAGCAACCCAUGGAGAUGUGCUGUUUUGGAAUUGGUAUCAGCAGGCUGCUUCCUGCUAUAGUUUCUCUAUUGUCUUCAUCUGAGAAAGCGAUAAGGUUGCCAACGCUAAUUGCCCCAUUUUCUGCUGCUGUCGUCGUCACAAAGGGCCUCAUGGAUAACGUGAUGACAGAACUUACACUCUCAUCUCUUGACCGUCGACUAUCAGGAGGUAUACUGCUUGAUGAUCGAGUUGAGGAUAAUGUAGGCAAACGGAUAAAGGAAUUACGAGCUAUUGGUAUUCCUAGGAUCGUUGUACUUGGUAAAGCAACCGAAAAAACUAUUAAUAAGACCCCAAAAGUAGAGUAUUUCCCUCCUCAGGAGGAUCCAGAACACGAUAGAAGUCAGGAAUGGACGUUAAAUGAAGUGAUGCAAUCAAUGGGAUAA